GCGUCGUGUUGCUUUUGCGUAAAUAGCAGCGAUCACUUUGUAUGCAGAUUAAAACGUUUCAGAGUGCAAGGGGAGAUGUGGCGCAUUUCUAAAGUUUUUAAGGACGUCACGAGGUGGAAUUCAGCUAGUCAGCUGAGUCGUUUUUCACCUCUCUUACUGAGAAAAGAUUACAGCUCGUCAAAUGCGGGAGACUCUGACGUAAAAGCUGGAGUUCCUUACACGACUCUCCAGGUAGGCAGAUCCCAAAUUCGUGCACAUUUUGUGUUAUUUAUAUGUGUUCUUUUUCAGUGAAUAUUAUUUUGAUAAAGGUCGGAACGCCUCGACCCAAAUUGACCCACCUUCAAAAACAAUGACCUUUUCACGAAGACCCCUAAAAGGAACUUUCGGAAGUUAGAUCCCUUUUGACACCCGUCUACAAAAUUUUCAAAUCAGAGAUCCACUCUGUGAUCCUCCUCCACAAUUCUAACCCUACAACUAACCCUAAUCCUGACCCCUAAACACAACCACUAACCAUUAACCCCAAACCCUAACCCUAAAACCUUUUUUUUUUAAUGUAAGAAAGGCCAUGUUUACUGCGAAAAAGGGUCACAGAGCCUGUCACAGAGUGGAUGUGGGAAUUCGUUUACCGUGUCAAAUGGCGUAUUUCACAUUAGUUGAACACUUAAUCAGGUUUUUACAGCCCAGCCCCGGGGUUUUGCAGUUACUUCUUUAUGCCUGCCAUGUAACAUAACGUAAGCUUACUCAUACUGUAAACUGCCUCUUAAAACGCAUGCCCCACACCACUUAUCAGCCCUCCCAGUUAUUAAAUACAUUUAAAUACAUCCAAUUAUAAGGCCUGUUUCAAACGUCGUGCUACUGCCGUGCUAAGCUGGCUUGCCUGUAGCUCAACUGCAGCACGACACUAGCAUGACUUGGUUUCAGACAUCGGAUUUAAUUCAGAUGAAUAGAACGGCCAUGCUAAAGUUGAAUUUAAUUUGAUUAAUUGAGUUCGGCACUCCAGAAGCACAACAUUUGAAAUGGGCCUAAGCUCCCCGGAUAUACCCCCCUCUAGCUUGUACUGAAGUGGAUUUGAUUUAUUAUUAUAGCUUCCCUGCUAGCAGAGGUCUCUCACGGCGAGAGACCUCUGCUAGCAGGGAAUAUUAUAGCACUUCUACAGUUUGUUUGAGUGUGCCUUUUUUAUUGUGGUUUUCAGUCUCCCUGGAUUUAAGCCCCUCAGAUUAUAAGCCCUACUAAAACCUCUUACCAAGAUGUACCAGCUCAGGGCUUAUGAGUGGCAGUUUACAGUACAGGGGUACUUCACGCAUUGUGUAGACAGGUUGGACUUGUGCUAGGACCCUGCAUUGCUUGAGAAAAAAUAUUUAUUUCCAUGACUUAACAUUUUGCCUUCCUUGGAUAGUUGCACUGUCACACUUGUUUGGUCCCUUGCCCAAAAUAUAAAAUCUUACCCUAAAAGCUAGUUUUGGAUUUUUGUGUUCACUAAUUUGAGCAUUUCAGAUUCUGGGAUUUUCCAUUUCAAACUCUUAAGGUGUUUUAUGAUGUUCUUAGUAAUGAUCGAAUCUAUUAUAAAACAGACAGAAGACAAAAGAGCUCCAGAUUCUGUCCAAGCUGAAGCCGAUGUUGUAAUAAUAGGUGGAGGUUCUGUUGGUGCUAGCACACUGUACCACCUCACCAAACUUGGUGUUCAAAAUGCCGUCCUGUUAGAAAGGGAUCAACUCACUUCUGGAACAACCUGGCAUAGCGCUGGCCUUGUGUGGAGAUUACGACCCAGUGAUGUUGAGGUGGAGUUACUUAAUUGGACGCGCAAACUUGCAAAAGAUAUUUUAGAAGGGGAGACAGGGUUGUGGCCUGGGUGGAAUGAGAAUGGGGGCUUGUUUAUUGCCAAUAACAAGGAAAGAUUGGAUGAGUACAAGAGACUAAUGACAGUAAGUUUUGUAUGGCAUUAGAGCAUUAUUAACAAUAUUGUAGAAUGAGACUGUAUGUUAUUACAUGAAAUUUUGGCAACAUGUUAAUUUAGCGAUUUUGAAAAAUCCAGAUUUAGCAGCACUUUAAUUUAAUGAUUUUUCGUAACUUUUGGUACAUAAGUCACUUAAUUUUCACAAUUUCACGAACUGAAACUGUGGCAAAUUAAGGUAUUUCAAAACUUUUUAUGAUGACAAUAGAACAGUUAUGUGAUAAAAUCAUAAACGUCAAUAACUUAAAUCAAAAUAACGCAACCUUCUGAAACUUAAUUUUGAAAGAAACAAAUGAAACUGCAACGGUAAUGUCAUGUUAAUGCUGUCCUCACUUAUAUUUAAGGUACGCAAAGUCAAUGAUACGCGUAAUAAUCAACCAUAAAAUAGCACAUGUGUGUGAAACUGAUCAGAUGGUGGAAUUUCAUAUUGCACUCAUUUUAAUUUAGCAACAAUUUAGAUUCGGUGACACUUAAUUUUGGUGCAUUUUAAUUUACUGUGCUUUUCACAAACACGCAAACUCUAAAAUUCAAAAGCCGCCUUCACAAUUGCGUUUCUCUCUGCCGUCAAUCAUAAUUACGAUCACAAGCAAUGAACCUUGAAACACAGAAACACACAAAACGGAUCAAAAUCCUCCAAUCACAGAUCAGAAACCUUGACCUUUGGAACCCGUUUAAGCAAAGUUCUGUUUCCUAAGAGGUCCGUUAAGAUGAUUGACGGUGGCGAAAAACACAAACGUUAGUUGGUUUUUGAACUUCAGAGUUCGCAUGUUUAUGAAAAGUGCAGUAACAAUUUUUAGAAAAAAUGAUUGCUAAAUUUGCUAAAUUAAAGUGUUUAUUGCCAAAAUUUUAUGUAUUAAGGUGUUAGAUAUUGGUAUUGUGCCUGAUCAUCAGCAUUUCAUAGUUAUACUGUCCAUAUCCACUUGACAUGAUGUGGGUAUGCUUGCAGCUAGCUGGGAAUGAAACCCUGUGGUUUUACGGUUCAAAUGAAACCUCGUCAGCAGUACAUUAUUUUGCAUCAAACUUUAUGAUUUUUAUUUGAAACAAAGAUAAUUGGUAAUUAUUUUUUCUUAAAUUUCAAUGUCUUGAGUGACAUUUAAGGGGUGCAGGCAAUUAAUUUUUAUUAUGUACAUAUAUAUAACUGGGACCACAUCCCCUUAUAAAUUGAUUUAAUGUUAUUUUAUAUGAGAAGGUUCAGGGUAUGCAGAUCUGCAUAAUUUAGCAACAAUCAGUUUUUAAUUACAUGUAACAAAGUCUUAAACAGUUUGAUGUUGAGACUUAGAUAAGUAAACUUUAUAUAAUGCCAUUUCUACAUGCAUUUAGACAAUCUUAAAACUAAAUGACAAAGGAAGUGUUGUUGUGUUGAGCUAACAAUCCUGUGUAUUGCAGUACUGGAUGAAAAGAAUGAACUGUGCAAAUACUUGUGAAGUUCCAUGCUUGAGAUUAACUUUGUUGUUGAGUGUACUAGGUAGUUGAAAGAUGAACAUUGUUUUGUUGCUGUUAAAAAUCUGGGGGUCCAUUUGUCAAAAGUCUUGGUGAUUUCAAGGCCCCAGAAAACUGUUUUCUUUACAUUUUAAGAUAAGAAUUCAAUGGCUUAGCAGUUACAUGUACAUGUAAUAAUUAUGAUAAAACUGUCAGUUAACAAAAUGAAAUGGAUUGGUUUGGUAGCCAAGUCCCACACUGUACUUUUUAGAUUCUGAUUUCAAUUUUGGGCUUUGGGCCCAAAAAGUUAUAAGAACUUUCACGAAACAGGGCCCCAGGGCUGGCUUCCGGCCUCUAAGCAUUCUUUUGUUACAGCAGCUUACUGUAAAAGACAACAUAUGAUUUUUUUGUAAUAUAUUGUUGGUGUAAGUUGCAGUUUUUAUAUUGUUUCCAAACCAAACAGCUUGGCAAGGUUUAUGGAGUUGAAUCAUUUGUUCUUGGACCCAAAGAAUCCAAGGAACUGUAUCCAUUGAUGAAUGUAGAUGACUUGUACGGCACUUUGCACAGUCCUGGAGAUGGCACCAUUGAUCCUGCUAGCUGGGCUACCACACUUACAAGAGCAGCUGUAAAAAAUGGUGGAAAGGUGGGUGGAGUGGUGAAACAACAAAACAACUUUUACAUUAUACACAUUGAGGUUUGAAACAAAAAUAUUAUAGGCUUUUUAACCAAGGAUAAUUCUCAAUUUCCCUUUUCUUCAAGCCACAUAUUAUUCAUGUAAAUUGAAGGGCUAGGAGACAAAAUUGAGAAUCAAUAUAUUUCAAGUUUAAAAGCUUUUAACCUGGAUUUUAUUUUGACCUCCAGCAUAAUAUAGAGAGUCAAACUAAAACAGGCAGAUACAAUGGUCUGUAACAUAUAUAAGCCUGUUACGUAUUGCUUACUUGUAAAAUAUGUAAUAAUUAAUUUUAAUUAAUAAACAGUUCCAACAGCUUUUGUGUCGGCACAUUUUGAUGAAUACCAAAGUGAUCAACGUGAUACACCUUAGUAAUGGAGGUAGCUUUUGAUUGGUGAUCCCAUCUGUCUGGGGAAUGUAGAGAAUAGUCUUGUCUGAUACUUUAGGAGUGGGAAUUACAUUUCACGUGGAUCAGGAGGAGCAGGGCUCCACCUCCAGUGAAUCCUGCCAUCGCCGGUAAUCCCUAUCCUUAUGGCAGACCAGACAAGCUGGAAUUUAAGUUUUUUUCUAACCCAGUGGUACAUGCAAUUCUGCAUGUCUGUUAGUAAAACAAAGCACCUUAUGCUGAAUUGAAUAUCAUAAAAACACGGAUAAAUUGUGUUCUCGUUUUCUGGAAAAUGACCAGUCUAUAUGUAUUUAUUGUUCAGGGCAAAAAUAACAAUGCAUUUUUUCUGCUACAGUACAGUUAAUCACUCAUAGUUCCAAAAUCUUACCUUGUUUUCUGAUUUUUCUACCCAGGUAUAUGAGAACUGUCCUGUGACUGGAAUUGAAACAAAAGUGGAUGAUUUAGGACUGAAGAGAGUGUCAGCAGUUCAGACUCCGAGUGGAACUAUUAAAACAAACUGUGUAGUUAAUUGCACAGGAGUGUGGGCGCCUAAUGUUGGUGCACUGUGUGGUGUUACAGUACCCCUAGUUGCUAUGUACCAUGCAUAUAUUGUUACAGAAAGAAUUGAAGGAAUACAGAACAUGCCAAAUGUAAGAGACCAUGACGCUUCUGUGUAUCUUAAAUUACAAGGAGAUGGACUGUCUGUAGGAGGUUAUGAAAAUAAUCCAAUAUUCUGGGACGAGGUAAGAGCAAUAGACCUUUUUACUGAUAUGGCAGCCAUAUUAAAAUUAUUAGUUUUAAGGAGUAUUAUGGGAUGUCCAGGGGGCCCUCGCUCAGUAUUUACACGGGCUUUUCGGGCAAAAAGAGAACUUCACUGUGCAUUUCACGGGAAAAAGGCGAUAAUUAUGACGGCCAAACACAGCACAACAAUCUUUUUUUUUCCAUUACAAUCUUUUUCUAGGAAAACAUAAAGAAAAAUUGGCCUGAAAAGCACAUAAAAUAGUGAGCGAGUAUAUGGGAUCCUGCUCAUGCCCCCUGGGCAUCCCAUAAUACUCCUUAAAUCUAAUUAAUUCAAUAUGGUUGCCAUAUCAGUAAAAAGGUCUAUUUUAAUUGUGUUCUAAACAUCCAUGUGUCAACUUUGUGUUUCUAUUGUUAUUUUUUGGUGAGUUUGAGAUGAGGAGUAUCUGUUUGAAAGGAACUGUCCAAUCUUUAACCUUAACACUCUCUUGCUUCUUUUGUCCUCAUAAAAUAUUUACAGAUUUUUUUAUAGGUGAAAAAUCACAACAGAUUGUAGUCAUUGUAAAAAUAUACAUAUCUAAUUAUUUCAAAUUUGUACAAGGUCAUUUUUUCCAAUAUAAUUAUAUUGGUAGCACUGAAGAUUUGAUUUUGCAUCCUAGAAAAUCUUCAAUAUAAAAUGAAUUAGUAUUUUGACUCCUUUUUAAACAGGGUGUAAGGCUAGCAUAUGUACAUAUACUAGCCUAAAAUUCAUUUCCUUGGAAACAUUUUGAUGAGCAGGAUCUACUUACAGUUCUUCUGUAAUUUGGAUUCUCUCAAACAACUUCAAUUGCACGUCGGGCAAGUUAAGAAAAGAAUUUACUAGCCCAGAAGCAAACUCCACUAGCCUCAGGCUAUCAAACAAGAUUUUUUGGCAGGCUUCCUUAGAUAGUGCCAUUUCCUUUUAUUUCCAAGAAUGGCUGCUUUCUGUAAAAGUGGUAAAACUAUACUGAAUCAGCAUCUUCUAUGACAAUUAUUACAUGUUAUUUGCUUACACUGGUACCCAUGUAUUUUUUUUGCUGUUAUGCACAGGUUAGUGACAAGUUUGCAUUCUCCCUCUUUGAUCUGGACUGGGAUGUAUUCAGUGCCCAUAUAGAGGGUGCAUGCAAUCGUGUACCAGUUAUUGCUGAAACUGGUGUAAAAUCAACUGUGUGUGGCCCAGAAUCCUUUACAGCUGAUCACAAGCCACUGAUGGGUGAGGCCCCAGAGCUGCGUGGAUUUUUUCAUGGAUGUGGUUUUAACUCUUCUGGUAUCAUGCUUGCUGGAGGAUGUGGCCGAGAGUUGGCACAUUGGGUUAUUGAUGGCCACCCACAACUUGACAUGUAUGGAUAUGAUAUAAGGUGAGAAGCCCCAAGAGUAACCAACAUAAAUUUUCUCAUAACAAUUUUAGUUCAUAAUUAAUGGAAGUGGUUAUGAGAGUUAAUAAAUGAUCACGAAAAGUUCUCAAGUCUUUAAGGAAAUGUAAAGAAAUUAGUCUGGAGAAUUUGUUGUUGAUUUUGCAGCUUGAGAGGUUAAAGGUGAUGUUACACAGGAGGAUUCGCAACGACAAUUUUUAGCGCAACACAGCGUUGGAAUGUUGGAACAAUGUUGUAACCAUUCGAAACAAUGUCGCAGCAAUGUUGCCACACUACACUGUGCUAAAAAUCGUCGUUGCGAAUUGUCUUGUGUACCAUCACCUUAAGAGAAGAUUGUGUUCAUGCUUUUUGGCUGUUCCUUAUUUAUGUUUCUGAUGCACGAACCCAAGUGUAAAAUACAUGUUCUUCAAUAGGCCAUUUCCAAGUUGCUUCAAGCCUCUGUUUUAAAAUGAGGCUAAGUGCAAAGCGAUUGAUAUGAAAAUGAUUUAUUUGUUAAAUUUACUGCAAAUGAAACUGAUUAUCACAAGAAGGGUUUUACACUUAAGCCUUGUGUUAAAAGGGGGGUUUUUGGAACUUAGAAAUGGCCUAUAGCACUCAAGGUUGUUUACUGUCCUGUUUUACAUGUAAUGUUGCCAACUUUUUCCUUCAAUUGCUGCCUCGAUGUUCGAGAAGUUUAAGCGAAAUCUGUCGUUAUCAAGAUAUUUUCGGAUGGAGUUUUUAUGGUUAGAAAUACGGUUAAACCUGGACAAUUUUGAUGUUCAGCUGUUAUCUGGAGAAAACCAAGUGCUUUUGAAAUGAAAUUUUACCUCCUAGUAGUUUCAACCUUUUUAAAAAGGUAUGUGCAAGAUCAUGGACAGAGCUCAAGCUGAUUGCUAGAAAGCAGCAUUUGAUUAGUUUGUAAGGAGGCGCUCUUGUUGGCGGUUUUGUAAACAUUUUGGUCUACUUUAACAAAUAAGCAAAUAAUUUUUAUACCACUCAAUAGAUGUUUUAAAAAUUUGAGAUUCUCGAGAUUAACCAUCAUUUUAUAUGACUUUUGAGUUUCAAGAUUAUUGAUAUAUUGUAAGGCAGUAAAUUAAAGGCUAUGUACAAUUCGCUAAUUGUUUUGUCAGAAAUUUAGAAAGUUAGUGAAAGCCUCUCAUUAUUCAGGGGUUUCAUAUGUUCUGCAUAUUUUAAAUGCAUUGUUAAUUACUACUGUUCACAUGAAAAUAAAACUAAAAAAUGCAAGACUUGUAAUCUAGAGCCCUAAGUCUUGCCAUAACCACUACAUGGAUUUGUUACUUCCCGAGUUCAAAUUCUCAGCCACACUUGUAAAAUAGGCAACUGAUUCACCUCCUACCAGUCGGGAUUCUUAACCAUUUUCUGUGCCAUUUGUUUGUUAUCCGUUAAAAGCCCCAUAAUAGGAGAGGAUUCAUAAUAUUUGAUAAUAAUUUGAUAUUAAUACUUUAAAACACCCUUCUGAAUUUAUCAUUAGCAGUUCUUGAGUAAAUGCCCUCUUAAACCCACCAUGAGAAAUCUAACGAGGUACCCCUUAGCAGCUAUGUAGCAUCCCAUUAUAGUCCAUUAUAGGGAAAUUGCCUCAAACUGCAGGAAAGUUGAGGCAGCCUUAGCUUUUGAAUUUAAACAAUUAAUUUUAUUGUCUGCACAUUGUUACUGCCACUAAUGACGAUCUCUCUUUAAUGAGACUAGUUAGUGAGUAUACAUCUAGAUGGAGAAAGCAAAGUUUUUCUUUUAUCCCAAAAGCAAAUAAUUCAGUAUGGUCAGGACAUGAAAUAUCAACUUUUCGAUCUGGAAUCCAACAUGUUUGCUAUUAUCGUACACCUUCCUUGUUUCCAUAUGUAUUUUUAUGGUCUAUAUUCUUGGAGAGGAAAAGAUUAUGAUUGAGUGACUUUUGUGUGACUAUUUACAGGCGUUUCCACUCGUCCAUCACAGCCGAUCAGAAGUGGUUAAGAGAAAGAAGUCAUGAAUCUUAUGCAAAGAAUUAUUCCAUGGUUUUUCCUCAUGAUGAACCACUUGCUUCCAGGAACAUGCGAUGCGAUCCUUUUCACAAGGUAAAGCAUCUUUAUCAAAUGUCCGUACUCUCCAGUAACAAAGUAAGAAUUAAGUGAUUUAACCUUUUUCUUGUGGCACCGUGUUAGUAUAAAAUGCAUUAUUGGCCAAGUGUUAAGGCAAGCUGGCUUGAUAUUGGCCACAUUUCAAGUUCUUUUUUAGUGUUUUUGUGGUCUUGCUGCAACUGUACUAAGUGGCUUUGCGUGCUUGUGUUUUUGUUUUGAAAUCCUUUUUUUGUCAAAUUCAGUGUUUUGAUUGGGUAGAGUGUUCACUCUUUUCACACUUGGCCGAAGCAAGACUCUACACACACUGAAGACUGCAAUUUUUAACUAAACAAAAUCAUUUUUCUGGAGUACAGGGCACGCAAAGCUGCUUGGGUGAACAUGGAUCUUUAAUACCCAGUACUUGUUUUUGUAGGUUCUUUUAGACAGGGGAUGUGUAUAUCAGGAGAGGCAUGGCUGGGAAAGACCAGGAUGGUUUGUCCCCAAUUCCAUGGCAGAGGUAAAUGUAGAUAUUUCAUAUCAGCCCUUGACAAGAUCUCCACCCAACCCCUGUACAGUUAAAUGGAUUUUCCACAGAUUGUGUUAAAAUUUCAGUAAUUUGGAUGGAUACUUUUAAAUAAUAUUAUUAUUUAUUAUAUAGACACGAGUGUUUUACUGGAAAAUAUAUAUACCACUCGUAAAAUUCAUAAAAACUACAUCCAGGACCCGAGUGGAUUAUUUUCCAUAAUCUCACACGUGAGUUUAUCGAUGACGUAAUUUCCCUCCAAAAUUUGUAGGCGUCUUGCGUUCUUUGAAUUAUAAUUACACAUUUUUCAAAGCUUUGCUUAUAUUUAGUUAUUGUAGAACCCUAUUCAGCUCAGUGUUAAUUCUCAAGAUUAUUGUAAGCAAUGUCUUAUAUUGUUGUACUGUAAAUUCGAGCGGUCACAAUGACUUUUUGGCGAAUAAAAAUCUAUUGCUUUAUCGAUGUCUUUUUGUGUAUAAUUAUAAUAAAAAGAACAUUACACGGCGGCUUGAAGAUAUGAAUUUUAUUUUCUCGUGGCAAAAACAGUAUUUUACUCACUCGCUGCGCUCGUUCGUAAAAUAUUGUUUUGCCACUCGAAAAUAAAAUUCAUAUCUUCGCGCCACUUUGUAAUAUCCUCUAUGUCUUUACUACAUCAGUUUGCUUUGUAGCUGACUCAAACACUCUGAUCAAUCAACCAGCUAUAAGGGCUUCUGUUAUAAGGUUCUGUCCAGUAGUCAAGGACAAGUAAAUUUUUCUUACUGGGAAAGUAACUUUCAACAUAACUACGACCCAGAGCACCCAUGAACCUGGAAAGUCAUCUGUCCAUCAUGUAUGGUUUUCCUUUUCUCUUUGUAUACUACCAGGGGAUAGGCAGAGCUAAUAAAAUAAAAAUAAAGUUUACUUGCCCAAUGGGCAAGGGUCCUGGCAAAUCAUCGUCUAUACUAAAUCAUUAACUAAGACAUGUAAAAAGUGGCCCCGCGCUCGGUGGGGGAGGGGGAAUAUUCCCUUAUGUGUGGCCUUUACGGUGAUGUGCUGCUGGACAGGGUAUUGUUUUUGACCUCUCUAUCCUAAACAAGGUAUAUAAUUCUGGCGAGUCUGUCAACAGGGUAUUGCCUGGACAAUUGAUUUGAUUUGUUAAAUUUUAUUUGUACUCCAAGUAUACAAAUGCAAUGUGCCAGGCUUUCAAACAAGAUGGCAUGUAUUUUGUCCUUUGUCCUUUGUCCUAAACAGGUUAAUAAAAUUGAGCAUGUUGUCCUAAACAGGGUUUGUAUUUUAAGAAUUUUUUGUGCUAAACAGGGUCAGGGUUUCAAACCAUCAACCAAAUAUUGGUUAGGCAAGCAAAUUGUGAGAGCUGCUUGCCCAAGGGACAAGAUUUUUUUAAAUUAAUAAAUUGAAUACUUUUACUAGUGAAUUUUAAUGACUAAUAAUAUUGAUCACAUGUUGAAAUAAUUAUUUUAUUGUAUGAAGUUUUGUUUAUAUUAGACGCACUAUUGAUAAUGAAUUUAUAUAUAAUUAUUAUUCCAAAUUUCACCUUGCCAAUUAAUUACGGUAACCACAAUUUGAUAUGACAGAUGGCUCUGACAAAGGUGCAACAGAGGAAAAAUUUUGCUUUCUGAAUUCAUUCAUGCAUGGCUAUGUGUUCCUUUAACAGCCUACUGUUUGUUUGUUUGUUUUUUUUUCUAAUAUUUGUAGGUUAAAGAUUAUGACUAUUAUGGGGCUUAUGAUGUAAAAGAGAACAAAGAUUACACAUACAAUGCGCUGUUGGGUCAAGACUACACAUUUGACUUUCCACCACACCAUGAUAUUGUAAGUAAGUCAAUUCUGUGAACUACAUACAAACAUCAUCCUUUCAGAUAUAAUUUUGUAGUUGCAUUAAUUAGGAACUUGCAGUGGAGCUUGUGCUGGUGAAACGGCUCCUACCCAUUCUACUUGUGCAAUGUAAGGUUUAUGAUAAAUUAAUAUGGCAGAACCUGUCUAGUAAUAAAUUCAUUUUCAGUGGUUUUAGUGUGUUAGAUUUAUGAAUCAAUCAAUCAAUCCUACCGAAGUAAAAUUGACUUUUGAACUUUUCUGUGCUUUAGUUUGAAAUUUACCCUGUUUUGCCCCAGAAUAAUACUUCAGAAGGUUCACACUUUCUGUGGCAUUUGUGGCUGUAUUUAAUCACUGACAGAUUUUAUAGUUGCAGUAAUGCAAACCAGUUUGAAUGAUCUGUACUUCAUGUAAGACUUCCUAUAAUGUUCUGAAACACAUACGUGCUAUAGUUUGGUGACCAGGUUGGUUGGGAGUUGUUGAUAUUGGGGAUAUAAUGCAAAAGAAAUAUUCAGAUUUUAGAUCUCUUGAAGUUAGUAUCCCUGAAAUAUAAACAUGUUUAAAAUAAUGCAGGUCAGAUUUUAAGCUCUCACACCUUUUUUUUUUUUUUUGUCUUCUUUUUGCAGAUUGGAAAAGAAUGCUUAGGCUGCCGAGAAAGAGUGGCUCUGUUUAACAUGUCGUACUUUGCGAAGUAUUAUCUGACUGGGCCUGAUUCUCAAAAGGCUGUUGAUUGGAUGUUUACUAACAACAUGGCAAAACCACCAGGUGAGAGCUGUUUAUUUCAUAUUUAGCACCCAUUCAUUAUUUUUUAAAAAGCUUAUGCAAUAGGAUGGCAGAAUGAAGAGGAUGGAAAAAUGUUUCUGUGAGCAUAGCACUGGGCUAUUACUUGCAUGUUUUGUUGUGAUCUUCAUUGUAACAUGACUGCUUUCUGGUUUUUCCCAAAAAUAUCUGUGAAGUUGAAGUUUGUAGAAAUUUAAGUUUCAAACAUAAUUAUUAUUGUCAUGCUAGUCAAAUAGGGUUUGCUUUCUCUUUCCUCUGUCAUAUUAUUGCGUGAGUUCACUUUUAUUAAAAGGGUGUGUUUGAUUGCGCUUAUACCGGGAUAAGAAUAUGCAAAAGUUUUCUUGUUAAAAAUCUUUUGUACCAAUUUUUGGACCAUUUAAAGUUUUUGCACAUUCGAGCAUUUUAUCUCAAGCAGCGAUUUAUAGACAUUACAGUGCAGUGAAUGCCAAAACAAAUGAUUUCUAGAGUUAAUUGCUUUUAUUUUUAAGCCAGAAUACUGUCAAUCAAACAUGCCCUAAGUGCAGUACAAUGGCCGGAUAUCUGGAACUCGGAAAUCUUUUUUUAUUCUCAAUUUCCUUUGUCUUCUCGCUGGAGUUAGUCAUGAUUAUGAAUAAUCUAAUUUAUAAUUUUAUAAUAGAGGCAUUCCAAGGUAGGGUCUGAAAUUCUAUUUUUUAUUCAGGCACCAAGUGGCAACUGAACUCUUUUUUCCAGUCACCAGAUGGAAAAUUCUGGUUGCUACCAAGUGUCCAUUAACAUUUUUGCUUCACAGCAAAACACAAAACGAAGCAAAACGAAGUUCUUAAAGACAUUUUUUUUUUUGCUUAAAACAUAAUCUUUAAUACUCAUGAACAAUUACAAAAGUCUUACUGCCAUGUAAAAAAAGGCAUUAAAAUAGUGAUGACUUGAACAGAUCAACUUCUGAUGACUGAGAAGCCCAUGCUAUGUCCAAACCAUGAAUGAACAUCUUUGCGCUUUCUCAUUCUGGUUCUUCUGACAGUAAAGCAUUCACGAAAAUUUGUAGAGUGCCAGGAAAGCACAUGUUCAAGCAAUGCACCCACAGUAUGUCUUGCAGAUGAAACCACUGAAAACAUGAGCUAAAUGUUGAUUACAGUGUGUGGAUUACAAUUGUUGUAGAGGCCAUUUUAACAGGUCAAUCUCACCUUCAUUUUUGCUGUAAAUUUUUUCUAUGGAGAUUAAAAAUUUUGAAAAGACAAGGGGUAAGUUUCUUCUGGAAAUCAAUUGAGAAAUAUGAAAUUAAUUCCUUGAGCAUCAGUUCAAAACGUUGACAGGGAACUGAAAGUCAGUUGCCAGCUAGCCUUAAUAUUGAAAAUCUGGUCACAAACAAAAAUUUUUUAGAUGCAUCGGUGACCAGCUGGUCGCAAUUUCGGACCUUGCAAUGGGGAAUAUGCUGUCGCUUUGUCAGUCAUUUCUGAAACUGCCUGUCACGUGGUAGGUGCGGAAAAGAUGUUGUUGUCACAUUUUAGAUUGGACAAAAAUGUUGCUUUGGGUUUGGCAUGAAUGUUUGUGAUCUAAAAUUUGGAAUUUACAGCAGAUAUGGUGCCUGGAAAGAAUUAAUAUUGUUAUUAACCCUUCUCUCUUGAGGGACUGUUCUUGAAUAAUACCAUAAUUAGAUAACGUUAGCAAUAACGUUCCAAAGAAAGUAACAGAAAAUAUUUUUAAAUAACAGUCAGGAGGCAAAGGAAAUUGAGAGCAAAUCUAGGCAGAAGCCAUGUUAACCUUAAUUUCGUUUGUAUAAUAGUUAUCAUGAUUUUAUUACAGGUACUACUACCUACACAUGUAUGGCAAACAAAGAUGGUGGAGUAGAAGCUGAUAUUACAGUCAGUGUUUUAGAGAAUGGAGAUGGUUCAAGUGUUAUUAAACCAAAAUUUGAAGGUGAGGACUGAAAAGAGAUGAGCAAGCAGUUAUUCUUUAACAUAAUCAUCAUCAUCAUCGGUCAGCUGUGGAGGCAGUGAUUAUAAGCUUCCAACUGUCGUCAAUGAUUAUGGGCAUGCAAAACAUUUUUCUGGGACGUUUACCUCCAGUACAGCACCGAGCUUUCAAGGUACUUUUGGCUUGAAUGCUGCUUGUCUGGCCAGGGCUCAAAAAAGUCCCAUCUAGGUUCAAAGGUUCAUUAAUUUCACACUAUUUACAGAGAAUAACAUAGAAAGAAAAUAUAGUCACAAUAGAUGAUUGCAAAAUAAAAUAAUUGUACAUUUCGGGUUAUAAAAUGUGUGUGAUGGUCAAAGUAGUGAAAGCUUUCUAGUUGACCACCACCUACUUUUGAAUAAAACGAAGAAAUGACACUGAGCUUUACAUAUAUUUGAGAAUGUUUGUAGGGCCUAGGACGAAUGUACAGGACAAUAUUACAUCUAUAUAAAGGUACAUUAGAGAUAUACGGAACCAAAAGAGAAAUCAAGACAAAACAAACUAGCAAAAAAAACAUAAAUUUAAAGAAAACAACAACAACAACAACAGCAACAACAAAGACAAAAUACAAGCAGACAAUUGUUAUUUUUAGACUAUUGUUAUUAUUAGGUAGUUAGGUAUACAUUUGAAUAUUAAACAGGACCAAUGUUGUGUAGACCAAUGUCUAGUAGACGUGCUGGUAUUUCUUGGGAAGUGAGUGUUUGGCUGAACUUUUUUUACAGGUGAUGGAUUUUACCUUGCUAUUGGUGGUGGCAUUGGUCAGCACAGUUGGUGUCACAUUCAAAAUAUUAUUCAUGACAAGGAGUACAAUGUCAAGCUUGAAGAUAACUCGGAGAAACUGGGAAUGCUGAGUAUUCAGGGACCUAAAAGGUCAGUGAGAACAGUUAAUGAUGUAAUUAAUGGUGUGUUGCCUCAUGCAAAGUAAUCGAAGACAAUCCCGAAUUAGUUAUCAAACUCGAAGAAAAUCAUCAAAGGGUCUAGUUAAAUUAGGGCUGCAGCAGGUGGAGUACCAGGAGGCAAUGUUUCUUCUGCCAUCAUUUAUUGGUAGACACGUUGAAAGGCCCAGUGAAAUACUCUUUCUAAAGUGCUACCAGUGUUUGCUUAUACAGAUUAAUUUCACUGGCCGUACCAUCCAAUGUUAUUGCUGUUUUUUAUUGAUGUUGUUAUUUUUCAGCCGGGAGUUGCUGCAGAGUCUCACUUCAGCAGAUCUCAGCAAUGAGUCAUUCCCUUUCUCCACUCACAAGGUCAUCAAUGUUGCAGGCCAUGACUGUCGAGCAAUUAGGCUGACAUUUGUUGGUGAGCUUGGCUGGGAGUUGCAUAUUCCAAAUGAUUCCUGCGUGCCUGUCUAUGAGGCUGUCAUGGGGAUAGGAGAAAAGUUUGGUAUUGUCAAUGGUGGCUACAGAGCUCUAGAUUCACUGAGUGCGGAGAAGGGGUACAAACAUUGGCAUCAGGAUCUGCGGCAUGAUGACACCCCGCUGGAGGCAGGGCUGGGCUUCACCUGUAAACUCAAGAGAGAUACUCCAUUCCUUGGACGAGAAGCUCUUGAGAAGCAAAAAGCUGAAGGUCUCAGCAAAAAAUUAGUCUGUUUUACCAUUGACGAGUAAGUAUUUUUAUUGUUAUAAGGAACAGUAACAACAAAAGCUUUAUUUGCAUGACCAUAAACGUAUUACAGUAUUGCAAAAGCUACUAGUCUAAAUUUAAUUACCAAUUCAACUAAUUAAUGUAAAACAUUUCAAAACAUUACAGAUCUCAUUCAUUCAUAGAUAUUAAUUUGAUUCAAAGCAUACAAAAUUUCUCUUAGAGUGUUGAAAAGUAUUUCACGAGUGAGCACGGUGAACGAGUGAAAUAUUUUUUCAACACGAGAAGAGAAAUUUCGUAUCUCCAAGUGGCCAUGUUGUGUUCUAUUUAUUAUUUAAACACCAAUGAAGUACCAAACCAUUUCACUUAAACAGUUUUUUGCUGUGAAAGGCCCAUUGUAUUAUGUAGCCAUAGCAACAGUGAUAGUUCACUUGUGAAGAUAACAUUUUAUUUUCACAGGUGAAGACAUGUUUGAUGCGAAAGCUCACCUGGUAUUUCAUUGGUGUUUAUGUAAUAAAUCGUCUAUUAUAAGCCCCACUCUCAAAUAAGCCCCCAUUUACGGGGGAAGAAAGUUAUUAAGUUCCCCCUCUUUUUUAAUCCCCCCUCUCCCUAUUCUUCACUUGCAAAUUAAUGAAAAAAUAGUGAUCCACCAUGGUUUAUUCACUGUGAAGUGAUCUUAUCAUCUAAUUUGGCCUCAAGACCUCUAAAGUGAUGUGCUUAAGCCUUUCCACUAUGCAUCCUAGUUGUUUAUCGAGAAUUGAUACCAUUUUUUGGUUGUUUGAAAAACGAGUAUGGUACCCCAUUUUGGUAAAGUCAUUAAGCCCCCCUCCCCCCUUCCCCCACCCUCAAUUGUGCUUUAAAUGAAGAAGCCCCCAUGGGAAGAGGGCUUCAUAGGGGAUUUACGGUACUCAUUCCCCUUCUUAAUUUUACCCUAUAAUGUUCAAGGUGUGGUUCUUUUGUAUCCCUGGUGUAAACUAGUUUUAAUUUUCUUUUUUGUGUGUUUUGGCAAUGUAUGAGGAAGGGAUUAAAACAAACAGUGUCACAACAGAUACCGGUAGAAUCUAUGACCACAAAAAAGGGACCUUGAGUAGAAAAUUAAGACAAACGUGACUUAUUAUGGAUGCAGCAUUCUCAUGGAUGAGUGCCACUUGUAACUUCAAGAUAUUUUCUUGAUUUACAGUCAUAAAUCACUUAUUGGCCUAGAAGCAAUAUGGCGAGAUGGUGAAGUUGUUGGCUUUAUACGAAGAGGAGAAUACAGCUUUGCUUUGGGCAAGAGUCUGGCCUAUGGAUAUGUUAAAAAUCCAAGUGGCAAGCCUGUAACUACAGAGUUCUUAAAAUCUGGAAAAUACACCAUUGAAUCAAUGGGAGAGUUGUUUCCAGCCCAGGUGCACACAAAAGCUCCAUUUGAUCCCAAGAAUCUUAGAGUUCAAGGAAUUUAUGAAAAUUUAUAAAUGAAAUUCUUACUGUAGUGUUAGUGUCUAAUUAUAGGAUGAGGUUUGAGUGAUAUCUGGAAUAAUCAAGGUUGAGGCGUUGGGCCAAUAACAUUUACCUCGACCUUGAUUAUUCUGCAUAUCACAAAAAUCGAAUCUAAUUAUUGUUUUUUUAAAUUUAUUAGAUUAAUGAAUAAUUAUUAUACUGUUUAUAAUUCCGACAAUACAUUUUACUGAACAAAAUAAUGUGCACUGCAGCAAGAGUGACUAAUUGAUUGUUAUCUGUAAUGGC